GCCAUUCAGUUGAUUGUGAGACGCGUUGAGCCGCAGAUCGUUGUUGCCGCCAAAAAAUUAAGAAUAUAAGGCUAAUCAUAGUCUUAGCCUUAAUAAAAGCGUAAAUUAAGUAUACGACGUGCGACGUUUAUAUCAAGUAUACGCCACGCGCACACCCACCACAUUUCAAUUCAAGAUGCGGGCAAGCGGUGUAAGGCUGCUGGCUGUAAUGCUAUUGGCCAGCGUAUCCCAUCUUGGCCAGGCAUCGGAUUAUUUCUCUAGCAUCACAGGACUCGAGCAAUUGCUGCACACAGAGCACACAUUGAUGAGCGACUUGAAUGCGCAGUUGGCACAGACGAGGACGAUAUUGAAGCAGUUGGAGAAAGAGCUCGCCGCUAUCGAGGUGGAACAUGCAUUGGCUGCAAGAGGCACCGAGAACUAUCUAACCAAUCCAAUUAAUAUCUAUCGAUUGAUGAAGCGACUGCACAACGACUGGUCACAACUCGAGAGCCGCGCCCAACAAAUGAGCAGCCAAAUCCAUUUCAAUAUCACACAACAGCACUACGAGUUGAAUUUCCCCAGUCAAGAGGAUGUCGAUGGCGCCGCAUUGGCAUUGGUUCGCCUGCAGAGCACCUAUAAAUUGGACGUGGCCCAAGUGGCUGCCGGCAUACUGAAUGGCAUCAAAUACGGCACGGACAUGAGCUGGCAGGAUUGCUUUGUGCUGGGUCAACAACUCUUUGAAAUGGAGGACUACAACAACACGAAAGUGUGGCUGCGCGAGUCCAUGGAACGCCUGCGACGCCAUCAGCCCGGCCAGCAGAGCUCAGCCGCUGAGCCGGCGAUAGUGAACAGCAUGGAGACGGUGGCAAAGAGUUUAUUCCAAAUGGGCGACUUUGACACGGCAUACGAGCUGAGCCAGCGCGUGCUUGAGCUCGAUCCAUCGCGCAUACGGAAUUGGCACCUGGGGGGACAAGGCCCUAAAUUUAGACUCACACUCCUCCCUCUUCGCACACACUCACACACACACUCGCAGCUCACACAGGAAUUCGAGCAAUAUGAAAAGGUUUGCCGUGGUGAGGUCAUCGCCUCCCCCGCCCAGCAGCGUCCGUUGCGUUGUCGGUAUACACACGGCCAUCAUGCAUAUCGAGUGCUGGCACCGCUCAAGCUGGAGGAACACCACUUGGAUCCGCUGGUGGUGACCUUUCAUGACAUGUUGAGCACACAGAAAAUCGCCGAGUUGCGACAAAUGGCUGUGCCGCAUAUGAAGCGUUCCACAGUGAACCAAAUGCGCGGCAGUUCGCAUCGCAUGAAGUCCGCCUUUCGCGUCAGCAAAAAUGCCUGGCUCGCCUACAACACGCACCCGACAAUGGGGCGUAUGUUGCGUGAUCUCCACGAUGCCACCGGCCUCGAUAUGACCUACUGUGAGCAGUUGCAGGUGGCCAACUACGGUGUGGGCGGUCACUAUGAGCCGCAUUGGGACUUCUUUCGCGAUACUCGCCACUAUCCGGCCGAGGAGGGGAAUCGCAUUGCCACUGCCAUAUUUUAUCUAUCGGAUGUGGAGCAGGGUGGCGCCACCGCGUUUCCCUUUCUCAACUUUGCAGUGCGACCGCAGCUAGGCAACAUAUUGUUUUGGUACAAUCUGCAUCGCUCCCUCGACAUGGACUUUCGCACAAAGCACGCGGGUUGUCCGGUGCUAAAGGGCAGCAAGUGGAUUGGCAACGUAUGGAUCCACUCGGCGACACAGACAUUUGCGCGGCCCUGUGACGUUUAUCGUGAUAAUGAGAUUUCGGAAGACUAUCAGAUUAUAAAAUAAAUGUACAUAAAUAUAUAUUAAUUUUAUUUUAGAGCAAAUUGAGUAUAGUCUUUAUUUGCCAGCCAAACAUUUAGAGGGUUAACAGCUCGACUCAAGUCAAAAGCUCAGUUUGAGUGUUUUUUUAUUUCGCUGUUGAACUUGACUCAAAACAAACCGCGAGAUGAAGAGAUGAAGAUACAAAUGAGUUGCGACGCCUUGCGCUGAGAUUUGCCGGCAAUUUGAAUAAACAAGUUCACGGGCAAAGUUUUAGCGGUUCAUUUGCAUGUUAGUGAGAUGUGCUAAGAGCUAAGAGAAGCGCAAAGCGACUGCGAAGUAUCAGUGAAAGUAAUUAAAGAGAAAAAG